AUGGAUGUCAUGCCGGCAAAACUCUAACAUCCUGGCACAUAUAAAGUAAUUAUAUGGUUUACUUAUACCCAUUGGGAGUUAUUUUCUAGCCCCUUGUUUCCCAGCGGAGUACAAAAGCGAGGUGAAGCAGCUUUAUCUUCUCCUGUAAUGAGCAAGAUCAGACUUGGAUGCUAAAAAUUGCGUCCAAAGCCGCCACAAUGGUGCUAUCUGCUAUCUUCCUCGUCCUUUCUGUGCUACUUGCAGUAACCCAAGUUUGCUCACUGAAGAUAGCCAGCGCUCUCGGGGUACUCGAAUGGACCCCUGAGCUAGUUGCCAAAGAAGACUAUUUCAAAGGAGAAGUCAAUAUCGUGAACGGUGGCAUCGCAAGCCUAUUCAGCGACCCAACUGUUGACCUCGGAUCAAACUCCGAGACCCAGCUGCUCCUACAAUUUGGUUCCCAUAAAAACCUUCGGAGCAUUAGCACAGUCGCAGAGGUCUACUAUAGGAUCGUCGCGAACAAGAAGUCUGGAAUUGACACCUUGGAGGAUUUGAAAGGGAAAAGAAUAGGGGCUCUGAAGACUACUUCUUCCGAGUAUUUCGUCCGAACAUACCUUGCUACGGUUGGCCUACAAACAACGGACUAUACGAUUGUAAAUGGCCUUGCAUGUCUGCAGGAGCCGUGCGCUGCCAACACAUUUCCCGCGAUGCUGAAGAAUGGAACUAUUGACGCCAUUGGGAUGUGGGAGCCGUCGGUCCAACUAGGAGCCGAAGCCCUAGGAUCCGAUGCAAUUAUGUUUGGAAACAAUCAAACAGUGUAUCGAGAAAUCUAUAACCUUGCUACGACAUCCGAGAAGCUCGAAGACCCUGAGAAAAGGGAAGAGAUAGUCCAGUUUUUGAAGGCCUUGAAACAAGCGGAAGAUGUUUUCCAGAGUGACCCCAAGAAAGUAGUUGCCCGGGCGGCAGAGGCCGUUAAGACGAAUAGCACCUUGUUGGAAGCGGUGUGGCCUGUUCAUAGGUGGCAUGUACAGGUUCCAUCAGAUAUGUUAGAUGUUCUGGUAGACGAAGACAAGUUUGUAGCGUCAAACGGGAGACGACAACCACUUCCACGAGAAAGUCUUACAAGUUUAAUUGACGUAAGUGUAUUAAAGGAAGCAGUUUAAAAUUUUAAAUGUUUACAUUUUUUUGCCCGAGUUUAUGAGGGAUAUUAUAUGGCCUUCAUUUUUGCCUUGAAUUUAUGAAAGGAUAUUGCCU